AUGAGAAGAUGUCGACGCGCGCGCCGAGCCAUCGAAGCGCUACAACGCUACAAGGGUCUGGGCGAGAUGAACGCCGACCAGCUUUGGGACACCACUAUGAAUCCCGAAACGAGGAAGAUGCUGCGCGUGUCCGCCCAUGACCUGGCCGAGGCUCACGAUGUGUUCGAGAUGCUGAUGGGCGAACAGGUUGGUCCGCGCAAGAAUUUCAUCCAGAGCCACGCGACGGAGUGCGCAACCUGGACGUUUAGAAACCCGUUCCUACGGCCCGGCGGGAGAAUGGCCACGGCUCCAACGGACGACAUGGUUCUCCUGCUGUCGGAAGCGGAGUUGCGGGCCGUGGUGGCGCAGCUGGCAGGCAACGUUGAUCGGGAUUACGCCGAUGUUGGCUGGUGCUGGUCUGCGUGCUGA